AUGUAUCACAUCAAGUUUAUUGCGCACCCCCUGGAUUGUCUACGGGAUCAGUGUGGAUGGCAUUUUGUGAUGGAAAUUUUACCAUUCCAGAUGCUGUUAUUGAUAUUGCGCUGGAGCCAUUUCCACCCGCAACUCGUCCGUGUAUGCGGCAAAAAGCUCCGGAGACAGCUGCAGCUCAUCCCUCAAGCGCGUAUACACCGCGACCUUAUAGAAUUACAGAGGCGUGAAGAGCAGAUUUGGAGAUACGAAAUAACAAUAAAACUCGGACGACUCUCGGAAUGUUGUUUGUGGGAUGCGCAAAAGCAUUUUUACAAGGAUGAAGGCAUCCGUGCAUGGAGUUCCGGUAAAAUUCCAUUCGGAGUGUCCAGUAGUUCGUUUCUAGCUGCAGCGUACGCACGUAUAGUGGUCGACUUUUUAUUGAGUAAUGCUGACUGUGUCGAGGCUGCUUCUGGAGAGAACAGCUCUCCGAAUUGCUUCGUGUGGGAGGCGGCAAGUGGUUCGUGCAAGUUCCUGCACUCAUUCAUGCUACACUUUACCGACCUUGUGGCUGCCAAUGCUGAGUUUAAACGACGAGGUUUAAUACCCUUAGUUGUCGCGACGGAUUUAAGUGAGCAAGUUGUGAACUCUCGUCGUCAGAUGGCGUGCUUUCGCCAGUUUAUUAAGCGUGGACAGUUGGAUUUUGCGCUUUUUGACACGCAGGAGUUUGUGCACGGAGAUCCUAAAGUCUCUGGGAAGAAGAAAACAUUACGGUUAGUACAUUCGCGGCGUCAAUGGAACGUCGGAAGCGACGGUCCUGUGGCAAUGAUGGGGAAUUAUUUCUUGGAUUCACUACGCGCUGACAUUUUUACAGUAGCCAUCCAACAGGAUCCUGUGAAUGCAAAUGUUAGCAAAAGCGAGCGUGCAAUUGUACAAGAUGCGCUACUUAGGAAGGACACGUCAAGUAUUGCGAACAUGGACGUAGUUCUGCGUCCAGUGCCAGAUCCACGGACACAGCCUGUGUACGAAGACGAGCGAUUCAACACAAUUCUAGUGGAAAUACUGGAUCAUUUCCACUCUCAGAGCGGUGAUUCUACAACUGCAGGUUCAGUUUCAUCGACUGGAUUGGUUCUAUUCCCUGUAGAAGCUUUUAAAUUCUUGUUGGCACUCUUCGAUCGUACGUGUAGCGGAGAAGCAGAUGCGUUCCCUAUCGCUCUUCUUGCUGGUGAUGCACGAUUUUCCUUCCGAGACGCGGUCUCGAGUGCAUUUAUCACUACAACAACUGUCGAAAGCACUACGGGAUCCACUGAUCAUGCGAGUCUAGAGCUGCCGCAGUUAUCUCCUCAUCCAGACUGCUUCUGUCUUCCUGUUGACUUCGAGAUCUUUGAGCUGUUUUUUAAGCAUCUCAACAACACUGGUGCUGGCAUUUCUGCGAGAUCACAGCUAGUCUCCGCUCCAGCGAGUGAUACGUUCGAUGUCUUCUUUGCUACAGUUGAACCAACGACGACUGCUGUGGCACAAGGCAGAACGAAGGCGCUACAAGCUAGCUUCAGGCACCAGUUUGCCCGUUUUACCCCUGGGGAUUGCGACUUAUUGUGGGGCAUGAUGAGUUUUGACGACGGUGCACGGUGCUUUUCAAUGGAUACUCUACUUGCUCUCUUGGCGCAAACCGGGUGGGAUUUUGAUUUGUUUUCAGAGCUACAUUGGGAGCUGCUGAGCCGGUGGAAGAAGCUAGAACACAGUGAGAGGAUACACUAUCAACACGCCCUGAUUGAAGCUGGUGUCAAGUCCUGGCGAACAAUUUACCACAUGGAGCAGCAGAGCGAGACGGACACCACCACGCGAUGGAUUCUCUUACAACUCGCACGUUGGUUUUACGGUAAGAUGUGCAACCUGAAGGUUUAUAGAUGUCCUAUAGCACUCAAUUGUAUCGUUGUUAUUCGACAGAACUGGAAGCGUACACUAACGUACUGGAAGUAUUGA